AAAAGAAAAAAAUACAAAAAUACAAAACUUUGCUUAGUGGCUUCCCCAUAAAUCAUGUGAUCUUGUUUGCUUUAAAUAGGGUGUGGAAUUGCAGAGCACUCGUGUGAUUGAUGGUUCUCUUUACUUGGAAAUUAUAUGGAAUUCAGUUCACAUGCCCCUUUAUCGAGGGCACGAGUCACAAGGCAACUAUUUAAAGCUUGUCUUUGGGUCGAUAUGCAACUUAGAACCUCAUCAACGACGCUCAAUUGUGGAACCGAUCUACUUUCAAACUGCACCACAAACUCACAUUUCCAUGUUCCUCACCAAUCCACCAAGCUCUCCUUUUAUCAUCCUCUCCACCGCUUGAACUUCACUUCACCCUCAUGCAACUCUAACCCUUCUUCUUCUUCUUCUUCUUCUUCUUCAAUCUCUCACUCUGCUUCUGAGCUCGGAGAUUUCAAUCAAGAAUCCAAAACCAAUGAUUUAAACUUGAAAGGAAUAGCUCGAAGCUUGACUGAUAUAGAGGAGUCCAGAAACUCAAAAACAGUAAGAGAGUCAUCAUAUUGCAAGUAUAACAGAUCAAUGAUUCCCAAAGCACCAUCUUUUUCGAUAUAUAAUUCGGCCUGGAAUGAGACUCAUGAUGGUGAUCAAAACCCAGAAGAAGAAAUGAAUCAAGAAGGGCUAGAGAGGACUGUGACGAUAGGAGAUAGCAUAGAAGCCAUUGAUGGGUCUAAGUUAAGCUGUGGGAAGAAAAGUAUGGGGUUGAUUGAGGAAGAACAAGGUGCAGAAGAACAAGAUGGGAUUCGGAAUUUAGAUGUUAAAGAUGAAUUAGCUCGACCAGUUAGUCCUCCUCUGCAUCUUGCUACAGGGCUUGGGGUUGAUUCACCCGGUUUUGGUUUUGAUGGUGAUGAUAUUGAUUUGUCUAGGAAUGUUGAAGGGUAUUAUAAGAGCAUGGUUGAUGUUCAUCCUUUCAACCCUUUAGUUCUUCGGAACUAUGCUCAGUUUCUACAGUCAAAUGGUGACCUUCAUGGAGCAGAAGAAUACUAUUCUCGAGCUGUACUAGCAGAUCCUGAAGAUGGUGAAGUGAUGGCAAAGUAUGCUAAACUGAUCUGGACCCUCCAUCGCGACAAAGAACGAGCUUUGAGUUACUUUAAACGUGCAGCAGAAACCGCUCUUCAAGAUAGCCAUGUUCAAGCAGCAUAUGCUAGCUUCCUCUGGGAAAUAGAGGAUGAUGAAGAAGAAGAGGAAUAUCACCAAAAGCUCGCUCAGAAUCAAAGUAUAGACGCAUUGGACAUCUCAAACGGUGAUAAUAUUGAAGAAAAUUAUAGGAAAAUGGUCGAAAGUAAUCCCACUCAACCUUUGUCUCUAAAGAAUUAUGCUCAGUUCCUGUAUCAGAUCAAGGAAGACCCCCAAAGUGCAGAGCAGUACUAUUCCCGUGCCAUACAAGCAGAUCCUGAGGAUGCAGAAACAAUGGUAGAAUAUGCUAGACUGGUGUGGCAACUACAUCAUGACAGCGAUAAGGCCUCAUCUUACUUCGAACAAGCAGUCCAAGCUGCCCCCAGCAACAGUGAUGUUGUUGCAGCUUAUGCUCACUUUCUCUGGGAAAUUGAAGAGGAGGAGGAUAAUGUAAAGCAAGAUGACCAAAUAGAGGUGCAUGCUUGAGCAGAAAAUAUGUGACCUGUAGAAGUACAAUUUCUUUUGGUCGUUGUUCAAGCUUAAUCUUAGUAUUUUGCUUUUCAAUGUUAUACCCUGUGUUUAGUAGGAAUGAGAGCAAAGGAGGAAGAAUAACAAGAGGGAUGAGAGUUAGAAACUCAUCCCCAAUAGGCAGCUCUGUUAAAAAUACACAAAAUAAAAUAAAAUAAACUCAUGUUUUAUCAAUUUGGUUAAUAGGCAAAGGUAAUAAGCAUAUAAACAAAUUUGGUCUUCAAUCAAUCAA